AUGUCAAGUAAUAAUAUACUAGAAAGUGUUAAAUCAAGUACAAAGGAAGUCGUAAAUUUGUGUAAUUGGAUAUCUAUUUCAGAAUCGUCUUUGCCCGCGCUGAUCGAUGCGUUGAAGGGUACCUUGCAGGAUGCUCGUCCAUCAAAAUUUCCCUUAAAUUUUAAGAAUUUAGAGGAUGAGGUGAAUUUUGUUGCUCUGUAUGGUCUUGUAAGUUUUGGCUCUGGCUUCCGAGACCAACUUCACGAAGCAAUUGGACGAGGUGCACAAGAAACUUCGCUAUUUUUGAUGCUGUCCAUUUAUAUUUCUAACGAAAACGGAAUACCCGAUUCCACUCACUUAACAAACAUUAAAGAACAUGAUAUUCAAUCUUGGAUGAAUCUCCCAGCCACUGAAGAAACGCCGGUGGAAUCCCUUCCAGGUGUCUUUGCAGUUUCUUCUAGUCACUUGAUGGAACUGGUGAAGAAAAUGACGUUUGUUUUAAAUACUACGGGUGAGAUAUUGAAAAUGAAAAAUUUCUCGUCAUUGGGUGAAUUCUGCCUUCGAUAUGGCAAUAGCAAGGAUCCUUCAAUUCUUAUUCAUGCACUUAGUAGCACGUUUCCGGCAUUUCACGAUAUAGAGGAGGUGUAUGGAAAAGAAGUAUAUUUAUUAAAAAAAGCACAAGUAACUGCUUAUCAGCUAUCUCUUUUGUACCCCGACAGAUUUGGUCGUCAAGGGUUGUGUAUAUUCGCUGACAAUGUUAUACCAACUGUUUUGUAUCUUUAUGGAAUUUUAAAAAUUCCGGCCGAGCUAAAAGAAAAGUUGGAAAACAAAAAACUUUUAGAAAAAGAGGAAAUAACUGUCCUUCGGGCCUCUUCCGUCUUUGUUUGUGAAUUGAUUUCCGAAAGAACGAAAAUUCCAUCUCCACAAUUAGAUCAAGCUCUUUGGAAACUAGGGAAAUUCUCACCGGAAGUACGAAACUCUCCAAGGUUUUCAUACCAAGACACCAUUAUGUUUUGA